AUGAACGGCGCGAUCCGCAAUGGCGCCAACCACUCCUGCGAUAGCCUCUCGCUGUCGCUGCCCCAGCCGGGCGCUUUCGAGCAAAAUGACAAGAGAAGGCUCUUGUUGAUUUAUAUCCAUGGAUUCAUGGGCUCGGAGGCUAGCUUCCAGGACUUCCCCGCUCAUAUUCAUGACAUGUUGACCGCGUUACUGAGUGAGUCCCACAUCGUGUACACGCGCAUCUACCCUCGGUAUAAAUCGCACGGGGAGAUACAGUCUGCAGCAGCCCAAUUCAGCGCCUGGCUGGCCCCUCACGAGGCAGAUGAUCUGGACAUAAUCCUCCUGGGCCACAGUCUGGGCGGAAUCGUAGCCGCAGACGUGGCCCUUUUGCAAAAGCAUCAAAUCCUAGGUCUAAUCAAUUUCGACGUACCCUUCCUGGGCCUCCAUCCGCGUGUCGUACCAACAGGUAUCCUCAGCUCAAUGCCAAAGAAAGACCUCGCCCCAGAAGAAACUCUCGCAGACGAGCAAGAAUCUUUAGGCAUGCAUCCAGCCUAUAAACCAGCCCUACCGCCCAGAUCACCAGUGCCAGUGCCGGAUCCGAACUUCGACCGGCCGUGGCGAAACGAUAUCAGACUCCCGAAUCGGGGAUUCCUGAAAGGCGUGAUGCACUUUGUCAAUAAGAAUACCGAUAAUCUUGCGCGAUCGGUCUUUGACCGCGUCGUUUCGUCCGCGAAGUUCGCCGGCUGCGUGAAUAAUUAUUCUGAGCUUCGGAGGCGAUAUCGCGAUUUGAUGGAGCUAGAGGCUUCGAAUCGUGUGCCGCCGCACUCGAUCAAAUUCAUCAACUACUACACAGCCAGCACGGGUCGCAAGAAGUCGAAGAAGGAAGAUUCCGGUUCCAGUUCAAGUACUACUCAGACAGACUCCGCGCAAGAAAGUCCAUCUCUUGACGCCGACAAAGACAAAGACAACGAAAUAAUCGACCAUGACAAGUCCACUCCUACGCAAACGCCCACUCUCAACCAAUCACUAGAUAAUCUGAGCAUAUCGGAAUCAGUCAUCCCCAAUUCUAAAGUCGAGCCCAAAAUUGACGCCGGAGAAUCAUCACACUCCAAAUCCUCAUCAACUUCAACACUAGCAGUAAUGGACGCCGAGCCCAUCCCCGAAACCGAUCACAUCCCCGAAACAACCCCAGAAACACAAUCCCCGGAACAGACAACAACAACCCUCUCCCCAACAGAAACCCUCCGACAAGCCAGCCUGCACCUCUCAGAAACCACCAGCAGCACAAGCGGCGCAAGCGGCGCAAGCAUAACAACAACAUCCAGCACAAACUCAACCCCCACCUCGGAUGCCACGCAAAAACUGCGGAAAUUCAUCCUCCUACCGAAGAACCACUGGAAAUACCACGACAACGCGCACUGGACCGCCGUCGUAAUGCAGGAUAUCGACGAGGUGGAAGCCCAUCAGUCGAUGUUCAUUCCAUCCGGCGCGCACUAUGAUCCUCUUGUAGGCGAGACGGUUAGCUUGAUCGAGGCGUGGGUGCAGGAUGAACUAAGUAGGCGGUUAGCCAGGGAGAGUUUGGAUUAG